UAUAUUAAUAAUCGAUCAUAAGUGAAAAAACAACAGCGUUAAUAAAACAACAACAGCGCAAUUUUAUACGGAGCGAGAAGGUUGUUAGAAAUCGAGCCUGCGGCACACGACGCAAAUAUCACAUUUACCAGAAAAAAUGUUUAAAUAUUGUGCGCGCGGAAAUUAAUCUCGUGUGUAUAUUUUCUUUUCGUUGUUAAUUUCGUGACGGUCGAUCGAUCGUGUUACAAAUUUGUCCAUCGGGGAUUUUCUCUCGCGAUUUUCCUUGUUUUCCUUGAAAAAAAAAAAAAAAAAAAACAUAAUCAAGGAGAACGGAGAAAGACCUCCGUGAAAUAACUCACCCGUUUGAUCGCUCAAUCUUCCUUAAAGAACGGAACGGAUGUUAAUUCGAGCCGAACUAACGAGAACAUCACGUUUCAUUAGAUGUUAAAGUCAAAGACUGUCAUUGUGUGAUUGGUGAAAAAAAAAAAAAAAAUACAACUACUCUCAAUGUCGAGCUGCGCCCAGGAACGACGUAAAUUUUUAUUUUUACGAUAUGCCUUUUUUUACGGUCUAUAAAUGUGCCGUUACCACACACACACACACGAUCGCAGUUUACAAUCUAAAUUACAUAUUGAUUAUCCUUCCCGCUAAUUUCCCGCAUGUAAAAAUAACCCGAACGACGCCAAAUGCGGACGAAGAAUGAAAUAGCAUCGUGUUCGAAUCCGAUUAACGAAACAUAGAAACUUCCCAAACCGCGGCUCGAAAGCGGCUUGAAUAAUAAAGAUAAAAAUAAAACGUUUUUAUUGCCAAUGUGUAUUUCGCGAAUUUGUACAAAUGUGGUCGCCAAUAAAACCAAGUAUGUGGCGGGGUUUUAUUGGAGAUCGGAUAAAUAUUACAUCAUGUGAUAAUUUUGAACAUUUUUUUGCUUCAAUUUAAAGCACAAUUGUAUAAUUAGCGGAUCAUGUCUGACCGGAAAUUCAUCUCAAUUUCGUUGUUUGUUUGUGUGUGUGUGUGUGUGUGCGCACACGCGGUAAUGCACGAAGUGACGGAGCCAGAAGCUAGUGGUACAUUAUGAAUCAGCCAUUUGCCUCUUGUCAUUUAUUUUCAAAACGACAUCAAUCCAUUUGAGCGUCAAAUAGCACAAUGGCGUUUCUUCUGCUCGCGCCGCAAAAAAUAUCAGCGCGAAUUCGCUUCGGCAACUCUCUUGGAACUUUUUCAAGCGUUACCUAAACUAGUGGAACGACUGUUCUUUUUUUUUUUUGUUGUAAAUGAAAAAAACAUAGAUGUGAUCAAUUUCGUGUCACUGUUUAUUUUCGCAAUAGAAAAAGUUCACGUAAACAAAAUUUAUAAACUUUGUCGUUAUUGUUCGUGUUUUCGACCUCAAGAAGAUUAUAAAACGGGAACGUAAAAAGAUACGCUACAUAUAAUUAGCAAGUAGCGAUAAGAUAGCGAGAACAUUAAUAGUUGAAUUGCUGAAAUACUUCGUGGGGGGUUUUGCUUAAAGUGCAAUUUUAUUUCGAGAGAACAGUGUCGCGAAUACGCACACCAAUCGCGCGCGCGCGCGCGCGCAAACGUAUACAAAUAAAGUAUGUAUAUAAAAAAAUGUGUAUAUAAAUAUUUGCCUACACGGCGAGUGAUAAGAUAGUGAUGUAAUAGGCAAGGCGACCUACCAAUGGACAGUAAUACUCGAACGGUCCGACAGUGCGCACAGGUUUGCGGUAACGUUAGCGUGGAUUUAACACCAGCGUGCGAAAGAAAAAUACAAGUGACGCCGCAAAGAUUCGGAUUAACGUGAGACGUGCGCAAAAAAAAAAACACGCGGCCGAAUGUCGUGGAGCAAAGUGUCGCAUGGCUAGAUAAAUCGUGGGGAGUGUGGCGCCCGACAGCGCGGGAGAAACCGGGGCGGCAUGGCGCGUUUCUCCCUGAAGAGAUAUUUCUUUUACGUCCUAUGUCUAACGGGCACGUUGCUCGUCUUGCUGAAUCUACUCCAGGACGAGAUAUGGCACAGCAUGCGACCGCAUCCCAACCAGCCGCAGCAAUCGGUUCGAGCUACCGGCGACGGACCGGCAAAGAUGAAACCAGAUUGGCCUUUGAAAUCGAAGAAGCCGACGAUGCGAAUAUUACGCACUCGGGAGCGAGUGAGGAAAAGACUUCCGUCCGAGGUAUUGAAUGUAAAUGGAACCGCCGGCUUAAGCGAAAAUUCAAUAGACCUGGACCCAACGCGAAGACCCUGGUACAUGAAGGGAGGAACCAGAAGACCUUUUCCGGCAAUCAAAGUUCGCAGCACUGGUCGGAGAUUGGCUCAGUUGUGGCCAGAGGAGAACGUUUACGAUGACCGUGUGACGAAUCAGCUGAUGUUCGUGCCACCUGACUACAAUAAAACCGACAGCGAGCACACGUACAAGAAGAUAAUGAUACCUCACGGUAUGGCCGAAGCCAAACUCGGUUCCAUCAUCUUCCAACAGCAACGCUGCCCGGUGAAUACCUGCACGAUUGUCCGCGACAACCCGGACGAGGCCGAUCUCAUUCUGUUUAAGGAUUACAUCACGCACGUGGGACGGAGACCCAACAAUCAGGUGUGGAUGCUGUACUUUCUGGAGUGUCCUUAUCACACGCAGAGCGUGAAGAACGCUCUUAUCAACUGGACCGCCACGUAUCGACGCGACAGCGACAUAGUUGCGCCCUACGAAAGGUGGCAAUAUUACGAUUCCAGUGUCACGCAGAUCCCGCAGACCUUUAAUUACGCAGCUAACAAAACGAAGAAGGUCGCCUGGUUUGUUUCCAACUGCCAUCCCCGAAAUCAGCGCAUGCAUUAUGCCAGAGAACUCUCGAAAUACAUUCAGGUGGACAUUUACGGUGCGUGCGGCAGUUUGCGCUGUCCGCGUUCGCAGUCGCAGACGUGCUUCGACAUGCUCGACGAGGACUACAAAUUUUAUCUCGCGUUCGAGAAUUCCAACUGCAAAGACUACAUCACAGAGAAGUUCUUCGUCAACGGACUCGGACACAAUGUCCUACCAAUUGUGAUGGGUGCUCAUCCGACGGAUUACGCGCGCAGCGCUCCUUAUCGGUCCUACAUUCACGUCGACGAGUUCGAGUCGCCGAAGGAGCUGGCCGAGUAUCUUCACCGACUGGACCGCGACGACGAUCUAUACAACUCGUACUUCCGCUGGAAGGGCACCGGCGAAUUCAUCAACACGUAUUUUUGGUGCCGCGUGUGCGCCAUGCUGCACGACGACCGUCCGCCCAAAUAUUACAAGGAUGUGAACGAGUGGUGGCGAGGGGAGGGCGUGUGCACGAUCAGCUCGUGGCGCGAGCACGAAUCGCACUCGCAGAAUCUACGCAACAACACCUGAGGAGAAAUCGCGCCCGUGAAUAUAUACAACAGGCUCUUCCGGCGGCCACGGGGAGUAGUUCCGCGUGCACGCGUGCUCGCGUAAGUGCGUGCGUGCGUGCGUCCGCCCGUUACACACACGUUGCUCAAUUUCUACAAACAAUUCCGAUUCUUCCAAAAUAGAACAUCGCCCGAGCCGUGGCUGUCGACCGUCUUCAUCGCGAAAGCGCGAUGAAUAUUGCACGAGGCGGAGUUGGGUCGGAUAAGACGUUUUGGACGGAUUGCUAAGUUCUAAGACAAGAUUCCGGCGAUGCGCGAAAUGGCACGUGACCUCGCGCGUCCUCAUUUCGCGAGCGCUCCUGAAGAUGGUAUUAAUAAAGAUCUUCGUUGGAGAAGAGUAUGCCGCGCAAUUUACUCUACACUCGGCUGCUUUUAGGGCGCUCACGAGAAUGUAGGACUUGAUGAUACGCGAAGCGUGGUACUUGGCGAGAUAAGUAAAAUGUAAAACUGGGGAUUUUUUUUUAUUCGAGAUACACACAAAAAAAAGAAGAGAGAAUGGAUGGAAAGGAUCUUCUUUAAGCAAGCAAAUAAGUCCAAUGAGUAAAUUCGAAUCAGACGAGCAGGACGUUGUUGUGUACGUUCGGAUUUUUUGAAUGACAGCGGUUUGCGCGUGCCUAAAUCGUUGAAUCUUCCAAGGUAACAUUUUUACGUACUUCUUUUAUCGAACAACAAGCUGAAAAUGACAAAAUCACUUGGAUGUGAUUUUAGAGAAAUAGCCAUGACAGGCGUUGCUUUACGAGAUAAAGUUCAUUCGGGGACAAAAUAUUUUUUAUGUUUAUAAGAAUUUCCAAGAAUUUGAUGAUUGGAAGAUGUAAAAAAAAAAAAAA